CCUCCCCUCUCCUCCCCUCUCACCCCCCCCCCUUGCCUCUUGCUGUCUGUUCGCCCUCCGCCUGCCCCCGCUCUCCCCUUCGCCUCUUUGCCGCCACCAUGCCGCUGGGCCCCUCGCAGGACAUGAACGAGCUCGGCCGGUCCAUCGACCGCCGCCAGCACUCUUCGGCCCUCUCAGCCAACCGGGCCAUCCCCUCAUCCACCCCUACCGGGCAGAUCCUCCUCCCCCCGCCGCAGUCCAGUCUGUCGACCUCCUUCUCGGCCUCGCCCUCGGGCUCCUCCUUCCAGCGCGUUGCCCCGAUCAGCAUCUCCUCGACCAGCUCGCUGUCUCGCUCGCUGGUGGGGUCCGGUGCGCCGGGCCCUGGCCAGCCGGCCCCCGGCACCGUGGCCAGCGGCGAAACGCACACCCGCACGGUUGGCUUCAAUGUCAUGGGCACCGGGGCCGGCGCCUUCCCCCCUGGCGGUGGCACCCCCUCGGCUGCCUCCUCCCAGUCCUCGGUGCUGCUCGGCUACCAGCAGCAGUCCAGCCUGUCAAGCUCCUUCCAGAAGACCCCCUUCGUGGUGGGGUCCCCGCCGCCGGUGCACGUGGGGUCUUUCAAGUCCACCAGCGUGUCCUCCCUGUCUGCCUCGCUGUCUUCCUCCUCGCUGACGGCCGGUGCCCCGGUGACCAGUGCUCCGGCCGGCGGCGCCCUGCCGGAGGUGACCUUCGCUCGGCAGCCCAUUCCGCCCGUGGUGAAGUCUGGCUUUGCCGCCCCGGCUGUCGCCGCCACCCCGGCCGCCGCCGCCGCCGCCGCCGCCGCCGCCGCCGCCGCCGCCCCGGCUGCCAAGGCGGCCCCGGGCGGCAAGACCGCCCCUCCGCCCUCUAAGGAGAAGGUCGACCUGCAGAUCGGCCCCGAUGGCUUCCCCCUCAAGCCCAUGAAGGAGAUGACUCGCGCCGAGCGGGCCGCCUAUCAGGAGUACAAGCGCGCGCAGAAGGCCGCCGGCGCCGGUGGCAAGCCCGCCCAGGCUGGCAAGGGCAAGGGCAAGGAUGCCCCAGCCCCGGACACCAAGGCCGCCGCCCCGGGCAAGUCGUCCGGCAAGGCCGCUGCUCAGGACGGCACCAAGGCCGAGGCAUCUGCCGCCGCCACGCACAAUGACAAGAAGACCCAGCUUCACUUUUUCUCCCACAUGGUGGAAACUGCUCCGGCGCCGUCCGUCAGCCACGAAAUGAUUCUCAACUCAACGCCCAUCCACCCGGCGAUCAUCGAGCUUGGACAGCUCUUCCACUCCGAUGACAUCGGCACCAAUGGCGCCAUUUCGCGUCUGGUUGCCACCAUGGUUGCCCUUAAAUGCGCCCUCCUGGACUAUGUGGAGCACUCAUCGCGCAAGGACGAUGUCGAGGUGAUCACCCGCUCGCUGGAGACCUUCCUCCGCCCGCAGAUCACCUACCUCACCAACCGCCGGCCGAUGGGCAUUGCCAUGGGCAAUGGCAUUCGCCUGAUCAAGAAGUCCCUGGCCUUCCUGUCCGGCAACCAGUCGCCAACCGAGGCCCUCGAGCUGGCCGAGACCAUUAGCGACAUCUUCGACAAGGUCGUCCAGGAGCGCGUGGUCCUUCCCCAGCGGAUGAUCUCCCUGCAUGCGCUGAAGAAGAUCCGCCCGAACGAUGUGAUCCUCACCAUCGGCCACUCGUCCACCGUGCGCCAGGCUCUGCUGACUGCUGCCGCCUCGUCGCAUCUCCGCGGCCCGGAUGGCCGGCCCUCCUUCCGCGUCAUCAUCGUCAACAAUGCACCCUUCAACGAGGGCCUCUGCCUUUCCAAGUGCCUCGCCGAGGUCGGCAUCGACUGCACGCUGCUCCCCUUCUCCGGCCUGUCGUUCGCCUUCAAGAACGUCACCUCCGUCAUCAUCGGCGCGCAUGGGGUCUUCGCCAAUGGCAAUGUCCUCGGCCGUGUCGGCUCGUCGGCGGUCUGCCUGCUGGCGCGGAACUCCUCCAUCCCGGUCAUGGUGUUGGCUGAGACCAUCAAGUUUUCCGGCGCCGUGCAGCUUGAUUCGCUGGUUUCCAACGAACGCCGGUCGCUUCCCUGGCUUCCCCACAUCGAGGCGUCGGUCGAACCGAAGGGCAGCCUCCAGGGGCUGAGCCUGAUGCACGAUGUCACUCCGGCCUCCUUUGCGACGCUGAUUAUCACCGAGAUUGGGCUCCUUCCGCCGUCGAGUGUGCCGGUUGUUCUGCGUGAGUAUGAUGCUGUCCGUGGCGGGCCGACCGACUUCGAGUGAAUGAACGUGUCACCCCCCCCCCCCUCCCCACGUGCCCCGGGCAAGCGACAGCCGUAGCAGCCGUGCGGCCCUCCCUCGGCACCCUGUUUCCGGCUGUCCACUGGAUAUAUCCCCCCCCCCCCACGCUCACAUAUGUGCACACACACACACAUGUACAUGUGCACCGCCCACAUCCGCACCCACUCCCGAGCCUGGGCGCCGGUGCUGACAGGGAAGAAGAGGACCGAGAAGAAGACGACCCUGCCCAUUUCCCCUGGGCCUACCCCCUCACCCCACACUGUCCUUGUGCAAUCUCCCUCCCCCUCUGCCUUCCCCCUCUGUCUCGGCCACCGACCACUGCCAUCGCCCCGUGUGUGUGUGUGUGUGUG